UACAACGCUAAGUUCCCACAAAAGCCUAACUUUGUAGGGUUUAGCUUCUCCACCGCCAUGGCUUGCACAAUCGAUUUCCGCCGCCUUGAUGAAGGUUUCGGCGGCAAAACUUACAAGAGGAAGCGCGAAGAAUCCAAAAUAGCCUCCGAUACGGCCGAUAGCAACGAUGCUGCCACGUUCAUGGAUGUUGAUGAAUCUUGUCCCCCUCCCGCCAAGCGCUCAGCCCUGUCUUCCUCGGACGAUCCCAACAAACCCUCCUUCGGUCGACCCACCUACGAUGGUGUGAUUGCGGGAAAGGUGUCGGGUCGGAACUGGAAGCAGCCACGGAAGCAUCGUGCGUCGGCGCAGCGCGUGAGUAUAAAGAGAACGACCUUGGAAGAAAGAGAGAGGCAAAAGGAAAUAAAGAGAGCUUAUAGAGAGAGGAUGAAUGAGUUGAAGGAGGAGAUUAGGCAAAAUAAGAUCGAGAAGAGAAAGAAGAGAGAGGAGAGAGAGAAGAAGAAGAAAGAGAAUAUAUUGAGGUCUGGGACCAAGUUUCAGAAGAUUACUAAUCCUAGUACUUUGAAGAAGAUUGCUAAGUCUAAGCAGAAGAAGUUGCUUCAAGUCGUCCCUGAUGAAUUUGUUAACAAGAAAUCCAAGUAAAACAAAACAAAAAGCAACCUUUGUUGGGUUGGGUUCUUUCUUUAAUGUUAUAUGUGCUGUAUUGUUUCUUUUAGUUCAAAGAAGUUAUGCUUUUUCUGGGAAUGAAAUCUGAUUUAUUAGAAUUCUCUGUUUGCUUUUUAGUUUUUGCUGCUUUCUGGAUUUUUCUUCUGAAGAUGAGAUGAAUGAUGAAUAUGUUAUGGGCUGGUAUUGGAUUAUGUAUUCUAGUUGUGAUAUAUUAGGUAAAUGGCAGUGGAAUUGGUAUCAUUUUAUACAUGCUUCUGGGAAGUUGGAGCCUUAAUUGAAACCUCCAUGUGUUCAAAAA